AUGGAGCAGGAAAAGGUUGAUCUCGACGACGCAUGUCGUCACGUGCGCAUGGCGGCCUUGGGCACUGCCGCACACUGGGAGGCAGCAUGCGGCAGCCUCACCCCAGCCACGCAGCGUGGCUGCAACGCCGUCCUCCGCGCCUUGGACCGGGGAGGCGAAGCCGAGAAGGCUCUGAGUCUCCUGAGACGAAUGCCAAAGAUGAAUUUGUCACCGAAUGAGAACAGCUACGGUGCUUCUGUUAGCGCCCUCGCCAGCUGCGGGCGCUGGGUGGGGGCGGCAGCGCUGCUGGAAGAAAUGCAGCAGUGCCGCUUGCUCCAAAGUCUGCCGGCCUUGAGCGCUUCUUUAGUCGGUGCAUCCGAGAGCGGUGCUUCCUGGCAAGGAAGUUUGGCUUUGGCCUCCGUGGCGAUCCGAAGCGGAGCACUAGACGCCGUGGCGGCCUGCGCCGUUGCCAGCGUGUUCAUCCAGAUGGGGUUGUGGCAUAGAAGCCUCUCCCUGCUAUGUUGCCUCAGGAUCCUUGAGGUGGUGGUCGACGGCUUCAGCCGCAACGCAGCUGUGGCCGCUGCUGCGCGCUGCGGUGCGUGGGAAGAGGCUCUGGCCUUGGCCGGUGGCUGCGGCGCGGUCGCGGAUAUGGUCGCCUUUGCAUCGAUUUGCGCCGCCUUGGCUCCCCUUGGUCGCUGGGCUUCGGCCGUGGCUUACCUGACAGCUUCCAGCCCGAGGCGGCUCCACGUCAGCCAACUAGCCGUGAACGCGGCCAUCACAGCAGCACAAAACGGCCAGCAGCCGCUCGACGGUGGCCUUCGGCCCUGGGGCUGCUAG